AUGUUUAUCGACAGUGCUGAGGAGGAGCAGAGCUGCUUCCCGUAUACCAAUGCAGAUGUGAGGCACAAACACGCUUUGCGGCGAAGACGUCAAGGCGAGGAAGGCCCAGCAGCACGCGGCUGUCUCGGAACGAUAUUGACAAAGGAAGUAAACGUCCCUCAUGUCCUUGGAGUCCACGGAAUUGUACGCAACACUCCGCUAGAGGACGGUGGUAUAAACAAUGUCAAAUAG